CUUAAAGUUUUUUUUUUUGGAAUUGAACCACAUUUUCCCUUUUCAUUAAUGUUUUAGUACUUCAAAUGAAUAAAAUUUUUAAAUCCAAACCAAAAUCACCCCAAGAAAUUGUGAGAUUAAUUAAAGAGGCUCUAAUAAAUCUUGAAAAAGGAGAUAGCGUCAAAGCAAAAGAAAAGGCUUCUGAAGAGGCUUCUAAAUACUUGGCUGCUUUGAAAUCUACUUUAUGUGGCGAUAAUGAAACUAAGCCAAACGCUAUAGCAAUUACGCAAGCUGCCAACGAAGUUUAUUCUUCCAAUUUACUAACAAUAUUAGUAAGAAACUUAAAAAACAUUGAAUUUGAGGCACGAAAAGACGCUGUACAAAUUUUUAAUAAUUUGCUACGAAGGCACAGUGAAGUUCGGCAGCCGACAGUGGAGCACAUUCUUGCUAACGAGCAGUUGCUUUUCCUACUAAUUCAGGGUUACGAAUCUACUGAAGUUGCUGGUAAUUGUGGGCUUAUUCUACGUGAAUGUAUUCGCUAUGAACCGCUAGCAAAAAUAAUAUUAAACUCUGACAAGUUUUUUGCAUUUUUUGAUUACGUUGAGAAUCCAACUUUUGAUGUUGCUUCUGACGCAUUUGCCACUUUUGAAACUCUUUUGCUGAAGCAUAAAGAACUUACUUCAAGCUUUUUACACGAAAAAUACGAUAAAUUUUUUAAAUUGUACGAGCGAUUGAUGGAUUCACAAAAUUAUGUGCUCUGCCGCCAAUCCCUGCGAGUUUUAUCUGAAUUACUAUUGGACAGAACCCACAUGGAUAAUUUACUUAAAUAUAUUGAUGAUGCCGAAAACUUGAAGCGCAUUAUGAAUCUUCUUCGCAACAAAAGUCGGAAUAUCCAGUUUGAAGCGUUUCACCUUUUCAAAGUUUUUGUGGCCAAUCCGAAUAAGUCUUCCCAAAUCCGGAAUAUUCUCUUGAAAAAUAAAGAAAAACUUGUUGAGUUUCUGCAAAAGUUUCAAAAUGAUCGAACAGAUGAUGAACAGUUUAACGAAGAAAAAGCAGUCCUCAUUAAAAAAAUUGAAGCGCUUCAGCCAAUAGAAUCCUCUGGUGCGUAGGGAUAAUUAUAUUAAUGCAAGAAGCAAAAGACACAAUUUCUGCA